AUGACUGGACGCGGCAAGGGCGGCAAGGGUCUCGGAAAGGGUGGCGCCAAGCGUCACCGCAAGAUUCUUCGUGACAACAUCCAGGGUAUCACCAAGCCAGCGAUUAGGCGUCUUGCCCGUCGUGGCGGUGUCAAGCGUAUCUCAGCCAUGAUUUACGAGGAAACUCGCGGUGUCCUCAAAUCAUUCCUGGAGGGAGUGAUCCGCGACGCCGUCACAUACACAGAGCACGCCAAGAGGAAGACGGUCACGUCACUUGAUGUCGUCUACGCCCUGAAACGCCAAGGCCGCACCUUGUACGGCUUCGGCGGUUAA